GUAAAUAGAUGAGCCGAAGCUUGAGAAUCCUGAAUUUGGGCUCGGCUCCCAUAACGUGUCGGCCCAUCUUCUUCCUGAUCUCUACACGUGCCUUUUCCGGUGUCUCGGCCUUCUUCCGUAUGUAAAAUAAAACCUCGGAAGGCACCACUGCCUUUCUGCAAAACCCUAGGCGAGCGAUUCACCAUCGGUCUCUCACCGGCGAUUCCAAAGGCCCAUUCCAAGCUCGAAAGAUGAAGGUGAUCGCAGCUUACUUGCUUGCUGUCUUGGGAGGGAACACCAACCCCACGGCCGAAGAUAUAAAGGCAAUUCUCGGAUCAGUUGGAGCUGAAGCUGAUGACGAUAGGAUUGAGAUGCUACUGUCGGAAGUCAAGGGAAAGGACAUCACCGAGCUGAUUGCUGCUGGAAGGGAGAAGUUGGCAUCAGUUCCUGCUGGUGGCGGCGUCGCUGUUGCUGCUGCUGCAGCCCCUGCUGCCAGUGGCGGUGAUGCUGCCCCUGCUGCCGAGUCUAAAAAGGAGGAGAAAGCCAAGGAGCCGGAAUCCGAAGAAGAUGAGGACAUGGGUUUGAGUCUCUUCGACUAAGCGGGGAAAUCAUAUACUUUACUUCAGGGGCCUCUCUUUAUGCAUAUCAGAGUAAUAGUCAGAAGUUAGGAUUUGUUUUCUUUUUCCCCCUUUUCUGAUUAGAUUAGAGAUGCUAUUAUAUCUUCGCCACACAGUCCUGAGUAUAUGAUCCAUCUUCUAGUAUAUAACGCCGUGUUUUGAUGAUUUUGAGAGCCCCAAUUAUCUGCAGCCUAGUUAAUACUUAUCCCAA